GUCGCGGAGGCUAUUCCUAGUCGGUCCACGCUAAGGUUGCUAGAAAGCCGCCGAUGGGGCUCUGCGCGAGCUCGAGUCUGGCGCCGGUGGAGGCCAUGGCGCCGGUCGUGCCGCCGACACCAGAAGCUGCGACUGCCGAUGCAGCACGCGCUACGACAGCCGAAGAAAGUGCCCCCCCGCCCGUGGAGUCCGAUGCCCCACUGCCUGUGGAGUCGAGUGCCCCACCGCCUGUGGAGUCGAGUGCCCCACCCCGGGCCCAAUCCCUCUCCAUCAGCGCGGGUGCGCCACCCAGUGCGGCCGAAACGAGCCCCGAAGCACCGCACCGAUCGCUGAUACCGGACCUCCCGGCCACUUUUCGGCGAUUUUCGCUGCGUCGCAAGUCGUCGUUUGCUCAAAGUAGUCUGGGCGCGUCGCCGUCAUCGCGCAAGGUGAGCGCCAACGGCGUGCUCAAGGCGAUUCUCGCGAGGAGCUCGAGAGACCUCACGGUGAUGGACACGGAUGUGACGACCGAGAGCUUGCUCACGAGCGUUCGCAUUGCCCGCGCCUUCUUUGACUUUAUCCAGGUUAAGAGCGAGGAUGGUCCCCGCGAAUACCACAUGAUUGAGCUCGGCGUCAAAUUCUGGAUGGCCGUGCGCGAUCUGGAAAAAAUCACAUCAGGAGCGUUCAAAGUGCUCACCGUCGUCGGGAUCUACAAGACAUUUCUUCAACCCAACGCCAAGCAAGAGCUUGUGGUGCUGAGUCUGGUCGAGCGACAGCAGAUCCAAGCCAAACUGGACGAAGACCAGAUUCCAGAAACCAUCGAACUCCUCAAUCAAAUGGCCGACGACGAGGUGCGCUCGUCGGUGCAGCCCGUCUUUCGCGCAUUCGUGGCCGACAAGUCGCCGCACGGGUAUACCGAGAGCUGCCUCGCAACGAGCAUGCUCCCCAACAUGCAGCCGUUCAUGAACGAGAAGAAGGAGCGGCUCGAGGAGAUUCUCGAUCAAUCCUACUCGCGCCGGAGUCUGCGCGACUACUUUAGCCGCGUCGGCGAGUCGCCCGAGUUUCUCUUCAUCGUCGACGUCCUUGAGUACCGCGAUAGCACCGAAGCGCUCAUCACCGACGCGCUCAGCGAAGAAAAGAAGCAUUUGCACAGCGGCUUUCUCAUGCAUGCCGUGCACAAGAUGUACAACAAGUACCUCAAGGCCGGGUCCAAGUCGAUGAUUCGUAUUUCGAGCACGAACCGCGACAUGAUUUUGGCCGAAAUCUCGUGCAUGGACCCGCCCAAGCUCGAUGUAUUUGACGCGGCGCUGCGCGAGUGCUCGUUCCUGCUCAUCACGGAGCACCUCGAAGCGUUCCUGUCGUCGCCCGAGUACGCAGGCAUGAAGUCGCACCGCGCGAGCCUAUUAGCCGGCGGCUUGCUGCAGUUUGGUCAAGCACUCACGGCUCAUGCGACGCUCGCAACAUCGCCGAGCUCGACGCACGUCGCCGAAGCCGACCGACUCCGCGUCGAGGAUGUGGUCAAAGGCGUUGGCGCGUCCGCCUUCCGCAUGCACCUGCGCGAGUACAAGAUGGAGCACACCCUGGAUUUUUACCUCGAGAUCGACCAGUUCCAGCUGCUCCCGCACAACAAGCGCGACUACAUUGCUGCAAAAGCGUCCAAGCUCUUCAACAAGUACAUUCGCCGUGGAGCGAAAAUGGAAGUCGCGCUCCCGGGGCACAUUCGGCAAGCGAUCCUCACGUCGAUCGCGGACCCCGCCGAAGACAUUUUCAACGACGCGCAUCUGCAUUUGCUGUACCUCUGGGAGUCAAAGCUCUGGAAGUCGUUUGAGAAAUCGCCCAAGUACUUGGAGCUUGUCCAGAUGUACAAGGAAGAGCGCGAGGCGGCGGCGCUCGUGGCGGACGGCGCGGGCGACGUCAAGACACUGCAGAUGCUCACGUCCACGGACGUGAAAGCGCUUUUGCUCCAAGACGGCCCGCUCCUCACGCAGUUUCACAAGUUCCUCGUCAAGGAGAACUGCACGUCGUACCUCCUGUUUUACAUGCAAGUCGAAGAGUACAAGCGGCUGCCAAAGUCGGAUUUCCUGGCGCGCCAGAGCAAGAAGAUCUACCACCGGUUCCUCAACUCGACCGCCAAAGAGUUUGUGAGCGUCUCGGACGAAACCAUGGCGAGCAUCCACGAGAUGCUGCCGAAUCCGUCGCCGCAGACCUUCCACCUCGCCCAAGAGGAAGUGCUCCAUUUUCUCUGGAAGACGCUGUACCCAAAGUUCCAGAAGUCUGUGUUCUUCACCAAUGCGAUGGCCAAGCCCGCGUCGCCGAUCGUCGGCCGGCGCACGCUCAAGGACGGCGACGCGUCACCCUUGUCGGCGCGGUCUCGCAGGUUCCUUCCGACCGUGGUGCAGCGCACGUUUGCAUCCCGCGUCUCGACGAGCCGGACGCUGGCGGCGCCGACGAUCGACGACAUUCUGGCCAACCUUCAGAGCCGCGCGCUCUUUCUCGCAUUUUGCGAAGACAUCUUUUGUGCCGAGAGCAUGUACUUUUGGCUCGAGUGCCUCGAGUUUCAGCGCAUUCCGCACACCGACUACCUCCGCUUGCGCGCGCAAAAGAUCUACCGCAAGUACAUUGCGACGUCGGCCAAGCUCCAAGUCAACCUCAUUCACUCGAUCGUCCGCGAUAUUGAAAAGCAAAUGGAGAACCCGGGCCGCCAGCUCUUUGCCAAGGCCCAGCAAGCCAUCGUGUUUAUGCUCAAUAAGGAUACGCUGCCCAAGUUUCUCAAGUCGAAAUACUACGAUCCGUGCUGCAAGAUCAUUGCGGAUGCACAAAGCUAGAGCGCGUGGCCGUGACGAGACGCAGACUCGUCGCCUCGGAGCUCGUCGCGCGGAGCGUUAACUAGGCAGCAGAGACGUAUUUAAACAUGAAGAUGAAGUUCGUUGGAGCACAUA